AAAUUAGUACUGACAAGAAAUCGUAGUCUUUCCUAAGUGUAACUUUAUAUCUCUAGUAAAUAAUUAACACGCAAAGGAAUUAAGGAAAUCGGACACAAAAUCGUAAAAGUAAACGACCAUUUGACGACAAAGAACAAGUAAAUUCAAAAGUUUUGGCUCGAUGCGCUAAAAGAUAACGACUAGAAGACAUUUUUAUUUUUAAAAAAUGUUGGAUGGUCAAACAGAUUUUCAUUUUUUUUUCAAUAAUUUUCAAUAAGCAAUUUGAAAAAUCCAUGAAAAUUUUUGUAUGUUGUGACUUGUUUGUCUUUGAAAGUCACUUAACAGCUUUCCAUGCCUCCACGGCAACGUAGUCAUGGAAAGCUUCGUUCACUUGCGGAAAAUAAAUCAAGUUUUUAGUGGUUUCUCAGGUCCUAUUCCGCUUUUAAGAAACGGAAUGUCACAAUGCCAGUAAACAAUCUUUGUUUUUAAAUUUCCGUAAUAUCUUGAAGCUGGACUCACUUGAACGAAUAGAAAUCCCCCGCUUUCGAUUUCUCUAUUGAAAUGCAAAGUAAUAUUCAAGUCUGUAUCUACGGAGUAAUAUUUGGUACUUUCGCUUAUUAGACACUCAAUCAUGAAAAAUGACUUUCUCAUUAGAACUUGAUUUUUUACAGUGACCCAGAACAUUUUCUGAAAUGAUCACAAGUUGAAGGACUCCGUGACACAGAACUUUGUUUAUUUAGGAAACACUAGCUGAUGAAGGUAUAAUAACUACGAAAUUCAUCACAUGACAACCGGUCUAGAUGCGAUUGUCUGUGCAUUGCUUAUGACUCAGACAACUACUAUAAAUGAUGUUUGUCAUUGAGUAUUGCCGAUAACUGACUAGUAGGGAUAUCUACGGAAAUUUUACUUUCGCUUGGACUUUCAACGUGGCUUUCUCAUUGAAACUUGAUUUCUAUUGCCAUGCCCCAGAAAAAUGUAGAUUUGCCUUACGGAUUUGUCAGCGACUUUCAGUCACAUCCAUAGUGGGUUAAGGAUAGGAAAUAAAAGCAAGUAAAAACUCCAGAUUCCAACUAAUCACAAAACAGCGGUACACUGGAAUUGAGCUCGUUUGGAUGGUGGUGUCCAUCAUUUUUUUACUUGUCGAAUGUCAGAAAAUACAAAUAUGGAGCAAUUAAGUAUACCCGAAUUUUACAAAGGCCGAUCCGUGUUCAUCACCGGCGCAACGGGUUUUAUGGGCAAGGUGUUAGUGGAGAAGCUUUUACGAUCCUGCCCCGAAGUUGAUCGAAUUUACUUGUUGAUGAGACCAUCAAAGGGCCAAAGUGUCGAGUGUCGUCUUGAGGAUCUAAUCAACAAUCAGAUAUUCGACGGGGUCAGGAAACAAGAGCCAAAUGCAUUGACGAAAAUUGUAGCCGUGACAGGCGAUGUGACCCUGCCCGGAUACGGGUUAUCGGCAUUCGACUUGAAUCUAUUGAUUGAAAAUGUUUCUAUCGUCUUCAACUCUGCCGCUACCAUUAAAUUCAACGAAGAACUCAAAGAUGCCAUCGAGAUGAACGUCAAAGGUCCUAUGCAGUUACUAGAAAUUUGCCGACAGAUGAAACGCCUUGUGGCUUUUGUUCACGUAUCGACGGCUUUUAACAAUCUCGACCGAGAAGAAAUGAAAGAACAGGUUUACCAUUCGAAAGUUGAUCCCGUCAAAUUGAUUCAAUUGCUUGACUGCCUUGACGACAACGCAGUGAAAAAGAUCGCACCACAACUUUUGGGAAAUUCCCCCAACACAUAUACCUACACAAAAGCAUUGGCCGAGCAACUUCUCGAGGAACAAUGCGGAAGCGUUCCAUUGGCAAUUGUAAGACCCUCAAUAGUUACUGCAGCCCUCAAAGAACCCGUUCCCGGUUGGGUUGACAAUUUCAACGGGGCAACAGGAACGAUCGCUGCGGUCGGGAAGGGAUUUUUCCGUGUCAUGAAAAUCAACGCAGAUCUAGUCGCAGACAUAAUUCCUGUUGAUUACCCUAUCAAUUUAAUGAUUUCCGUGGCUUGGCACUUAGCCACUCGCAGACCAAACGAAGUACCGGUUUACAGCUGUACAACUGGUCAUCGAAACCCUUUAACUUGGGGUGGUCUGAAACGUUGUACCUUGCAGUCUUGGUUGAAAUUCCCUGCCCAAGAUAUGAUGUGGUACCCUAGCGCCCUUUACACAAUUAACGACGCUUGGUACAAAAUGAACGAAGUUUUGUUCCAUACCAUUCCGGCACACUUGUUCGACUUGUUUUAUUCUAUGACGGGCAAACGCACUCGAUGGGUCCGAAUGUAUGCCAAAGCAACUCUAGCAUUUUCUACAUUGGAGUUUUUUACGACGCAUCAAUGGAGAUUCCUUAGUAAUAACCCGAUUCGUUUGUUGGAGGAAAUGUCCAACCAAGACAAGAAAACUUUCUAUUUUGAUGUCCGCGAAAUUGAAUGGAAAAGCUACUUCGAUGUUUUCAUACAGGGAGCUCGGCGGUUCGUUCUUAAAGACGACCCAAGCACUCUGCCCCUCGCAAGACGCAACCUUAGCAGGCUGUACGUGGCACGGAUGUUUCUGCGUCUACUUUUUUUCUUCGGUUUAUUCACUGUAUUGUGGCGCUCUUUUAGACCAUUUUUACUACCUGUAACUGCAGUGUUCUUCUUAACAGAGUUUUUAUCUGAUAAGUCUUAAGCAAAGACAACGACGAAUCAAACCUGAAGAGGUAAAUCAGCCGGUUGUUUUACUUAUCCUUACAACACGUAAAAAUAGCAUUCCUCUUUCAUUUCUCCUCGUCGUCGUACGUAACCGUUUCCCUUGAUUUUAAAUAGUUAAAUUGCGCUUUAUAGUAUUUAGCAUGUUCAGCGAAGAUGCCAAAUGUUGUUGAGUAUAGAUUCAGCAUUUUAAAUCACCUAAGUUACAAGCCCUAGGAUAAGGCUAUCUAAUAUCUGUAAGUUUUAUGUAGAACUUAAAAAUCAUUCCUUUUUCAAAAUACCUUCAUUUUAGACAUUUUGGCUAGUAUUGCGCCAUUGAAUUUUGCAUUAAACGUGUUCAAAAGGUUUUUGAGGAACGUUUUACAGCUAACAAGUAAUUAAAAGUCGUUCAUGUAAACAAUUUAAUUCAACAAAAUUAAUUUCAACAUUAGCCUUUGAAGAUAAUUCAACCGAUAACGGAAAGAUUUCUGUGAAAUAAAAUGUUCAAACCCCUCAAAGAAAAAAGACAAAAUAUCCUGUAAAUUUCCGAGUUCGUCUUCCGAGAUAUGCGUCAUCUAAUCGUUGCUUGUAUUGCGCAAACGCAAUCAUUACUGUGUAGUACUCAUUAAUGCAUUGAUAUGAUUUCUUGAGAUUUUAUUUUGUAAAAGAAUAUACGUAUAAUUGCCACCAUCCCCAGAAAAGUUGCUCAAAAAUAGUUCCCUUUCUUUGUUUGCUACAAAAACGUCUAAUUUUAUGUUAAAAUGUUGAUUGUAGAAAAUAUGCGAUUUGUAUAACAAAUUAUUACAUAUAAUAAACAUAAUAUAUUGACGAA